AUGAAGAGGAGUGACAGUGCUGAGGGACACCACGGGCUGCAGAGCGGCCAUGUCUCACCAGGGAACCACCACACCGUGUCCCAGCCCAUCUCCCAACCCACAACACCACACCACCCCAGCCCAUCUCAACCCAACACCACACCCAGCCCAUCUCAACCCAACACCACACCCAGCCCAUCUGAACCCAACACCACACCCAGCCCAUCUGAACCCAACACCACACCCAGCCCAUCUGAACCCAACACCACACCCAGCCCAUCUCCCCAACACCACACCCAGCCCAUCUCCCCCAACACCACACCCAGCCCAUCUGAACCCAACACCACACCCAGCCCAUCUCCCCCAACACCACACCCAGCCCAUCUCAACCCAACACCACACCCAGCCCAUCUGAACCCAACACCACACCCAGCCCAUCUCCCCCCACACACCUCACACCCAGCCCAUCUCCCCAACACCACACCCAGCCCAUCUCAACCCAACACCACACCCAGCCCAUCUCCCCCCAACACCACACCCAGCCCAUCUCCCCAACACCACACCCAGCCCAUCUCAACCCAACACCACACCCAGCCCAUCUGA